AUUUAGGCCAACAAAUCCAAGUCAAUGCGCUUGUUACACGCAGCAUAAAAGAGUGCAGCACGCGUUAUUUGGAGGCAAUAACAAACUUUAAUAGCCCAAUCUUGUGGAAAGUCUUCAAAACCUGUGGUAUUUUGUAGACGAUACGUGUUUAUAGGAUAAAUUUACGCCCGAUAUAGAAACCUUGCUUCAGUACAGCUGCAUUAUGCGUAUGCACACGUUCACUCUCGCACUUACGGUAGUUUGGAUUGCAAACACCGGGCUGGCCAAACUUGGAGCUCCUGGUGGACCACAAAAGCUACCUUACCAUGAACCUGAUGCCUUCCAGGUGAUAACUCAGUACGAGGAUGCCGUAGCGAUUUCGGACUCUGACAACGACACCAUUUUUGACUGCCUUGCGUCUCACCGAAUGGCUGUGAAUUAUGAGGCGCGAACAGCCACGUAUGCCUGGAACUUCAAAGAAGUCAAUGGCCCACCCAGGCCAGAAAUGUUGUUCAAGAUGACGCAAGGGCCUACGCCUGGAACCAUACACAUGAUUGUGGGUAACGAGUGCAUCCUCUGGAUCCGGCGACGUCUUAAGGACACCGUACCGCAAGUGUGCAAGGACGAAUUUGUCGACACGUGCGGCGUUGUGAUCGCCCCCCACAGAAGAGACUUGUGCGAUGACGGCGAGGGUGAUUACUAAAUUGCAAUAAAGGGAAUUCUAAACCAAUCA